AGAUGCCAGAUUAGUUCUUCUGCAGUGCUUUGGUUGAGUUGUUUGUCCCAGCAGUAAUAAUGACUUUGUGACUCCUCUGAACUGAUGUAUAGCAGGUUUGACAUCAGAAGCGUCGGAUCGACGAGGCGUGACUGAGGUCGGCCCCUCAAUACCACAGAAAUCUUCCUGCGGUUGGAAGGAAACCCUCCAAACCGGUUUGUGCAGUGAUGUGUUUCAGUGUGUGCCGCUCAUGACUGCAUCGAGUGAACACCUGGGAGACUCAGGAGUGAAGCACACUCGCACCAGAACUGAAGAUGCAUCAGGGACGCCUGCGCUUACGGCCGUGGCUGGAGGAACAGAUCGAUUCGGGCAGAUACCCUGGAGUCGUGUGGCUAGACAAGUCAGCCAGAGUUUUCCAGAUUCCCUGGAAACAUGCGGCCCGACACGGCUGGAACAUCGAGAAGGACGCGACUCUGUUCCGAAACUGGGCGAUGCACACAGGGAGAUACAAACCUGGCAUAGACAAACCCGAUCCCAAGACAUGGAAAGCAAACUUCCGAUGCGCACUCAAUUCCCUGACGGACGUCAAAGAGCUUCAGGACAAAAGUAUCAAGAAGGGCCACAAUGCUUUCAGAGUUUAUAUUCUCCUUCCACACAGCAAAACAAUAAAGAGACGCAAAGCAUUACGGUGUUUGGAAACCGAUAGUAAAGCAGCGUCGCCUCCACCACCGACACAAAGGAACUUACCGUUGGAGAGAUUUACAGAGGCCUUCUGGAAGCUCUCAGACGACCGAGGCGGUUUCCCCGCAGAAGCGCUGAGAAAAGAGGAUCUCCCCAAGUGUGUUGAGGAGGAGAGGCCGGCCAUCCACUGCGCUCAGGGUACAGUACCGCUCUUACUCUCGCCCAGACCAGACCAGACCAGCACUGUAAGGGUUAACACCACUGAUUCCUGUGCAGGACUGCCGAUGGAGAGGACAGAGGAGCACGAGCAGACAGAAGCAGUGCUGAAGAUCGUGGAUCACCUGAAGACCCUGGACCACUGGAGUCCGCCGUACGAGAGCGAGCGAGGCUGGAGACCCAACUCCAUGUGGAUGGGAAGCCUGUGUGAGACGAUGGAGUUUUCUGGAUACUCCUUCCAGUCAGACUGUCACGUUCACAACAGCUCCUCCGGCCAAUACGACUGAUCGACACCGCAUCACACGCCAGCGCUCGCCUUCAGCCGAGAACCAACACGAGUCAGAGGUUUCCUGAGUUUACAGCGGGUCACUGAUCAGUGACACGAGUUCCCUGAGAAGAUAUCAGCCUUUUUAUUUUACAAAUCUUUUAAUAAAGUUCAUUCUGUGGAUUCA